AUGUUGGAUAAGGACUCCGAAGAAGAGAUUGAUACUGUUGAAUUUGAAUUCGCGAUUUCUCCAAAGGGUCCAGUGAAGAAUUUUGACAAACGACAUGAUCAUAUUAGAAGCCUAUUGAAGUUGCCAUUAUCUGAUACUGUACUAAAAUUCGUGUUUGACACAGUUGUAUCACUCUGUGAUCCAUUUACUCAGCCAGAAGAGACAGCAGAUUACGUUUUAAGUGUUAGUUGCAUAUCAGACUUGCUAAUUUCAAUCCUGUACUCAUUUUACAUGGAAAGUGAGGGUUCAAAGGAAUUAGAAAUCAGCUCUAUCAAGUUUGACAUAUCUACAAAAUUCUUCACACUACUCCGACUAAUACAUGAUUUUCUAAAUGCAUCAGAUGAAUUGAAAUUGAGGUUUGUGGAUAACAGCGAAGAAAAGUGGAAAACAACUCUUAGUGAAUGGACUCCCAAGGGUUCCAUCUCCAAUGACGAGCUUAAUUUGAAACUUCUAUAUUCCAUGGCAUGUGUUCUUAUUAUGUCAAUACAAAAGAUGUAUGCUCCAAGUACAGGGGCAUCUAACCUAGCGAUGAACCCCUACCUCCAAUAUUUAAUCAACCUUUGGAAGUGUCAUACCAACAUCAUCUUGCUUGGUCUUGAGAUAGAUCGUCGUAUUGAAUUCAAUAACCAGGAAAAUAAUGAGGAGGAAGAAACACCAUCAAUAAUUCUACAAGUCUUGAAAGGCUCCAGCUCCGUACGGUGUGUGCUCGCGUGGAUAAUAAAUCAAAAUCCAUCUCUGGCAGUUGAAUACGAUUCACCGCAGGAAAACAUCAAAUCUAUUUCUGAUGGUGCAAUGGAUCUAAAAAAUGAGUCAAUUUUGAAUUUCAUUGAACCGUUGGCCAGAUCGAGUACAAAUGGCGGCGCGAUUCUGGUGGAUAUGAGGUUGGUCAUAAUAGCUUUAUUAAUCUUGUAUUCGUCAACUUCAUUCACAAGUGAGCAACAUCGCACUACGGAAACGCCUUCUGUUAACGAAGAGCAAGCACUUAGAAAGCUUAAUAAGUCGAAAGGUAUUGCGGAAUUGGGUGAUGUUUUAAUCGAUUUGGAGUACGCUGAUCGAUUCGACGAGGAUAUCAAAUAUAUGUUAGAGUAUGAAAUAGAGGAUGCUGAUGAAAUUGAUGAAAAGGAUUUAAAAAGCCCUGGUCACAGUGACUUUAACAGCAUAGCGAAUGAAGAGUUGGCUGAACAAGAAGCAAUAGAUAUUCAAUUCGACGAUGAGGGACGAGAUUGGCGAGAUAUAGUUCGAGGUGAAAACGUACGCUUCAACCCAUUGUUUCUUGAAAAGUUUGCUGCUUUCGACCAAGGACAAGAUAAAUCCGAGUCCGAUGACCUUUUUACAACGUGGGAUGAAUUAUACUUUACUUUUGAAUUUUUGUCAGUUUGCUCAAUAGAAGGAAGCCCUGAAGCGGAGGCUAAAAUUGGGCAGCUGGUGAUUAACACAAUUUCCAAAGCAAUUAAGGAUGAAAUAGAGGGUAGAGAGACUUCCAUUACACCCGACUUGAUUCACAAAUAUUGGUCCUCUCCAGCUCUGGAGAUGGACAUUAAGAAAGCUCAAGACAACAACAAAUUACUUAUCCCCAUCUUUAGUAUAACCAAAUUUGAACUUAUGCUACAGAGUAACUCAAAAUUAGCACGGGCUGCAAUGGACGAAAUGCUCAUGUGCAAUGGCCAUCGCAGGUUGUUGAUCUGGUUUAUUACACACGAUUUGAAUUUGUCCAAUCUACUAAUAGAUUACAUUUUUCAACUUGCUGUUGGACUACGAGGCAUUCCUGACACUUCUGCACCGUAUCUGUUUUCAAGACAAGGGGGUAAAGUGAUAUUGAGUGAGGUGGAGCAACUGAUGCUCUUGCAUGAGUUUUUCACAAACAGUGCCUUUUACUUAUCCGCGAAUGAAGGUCUUGAAAUUGAUGAUGGAUACGAGGUAGUGUUAGCCGAGUCGAUUGCCAAAAAGUUGAUGAUACUCCUUUGCUUGAUGAUAUCGCAGUUGAUAAAGCUCGAUAUUGUCAAGAUUGGCGAUAAGAAUGCCAAAGACGAUAUUCAUAAUUACAACAAUGAGUUGCAAGUGUUAUUGAUUGGAUGGAUCGGCAAGGUCCCAGAGGCAAGGCAAUUGUAUUUUAGAAUAAAAAGCUUGCAAAAUGACCAACGUGUGGAGAAUGUUGAAGACAACCCACCCGUAGAUCCAUCACAAAGAAAAGAGCUAUUAGCUAAAUACAGCGCUAUGACCGCUCUGGAGAUUGACAAUGACUUAGACACCAAUCCUUUAAACGCUAGGAUAGUUGAUGAAUAUGCCAAAAGAGUUGAAACAGGGUUGUUUGCUGUAUUGAGCAAGGGAAAGAUUGGAAAAUCACUGACCAUUCAAGAGGAUUUUCACACUUUUAUGGUCAAUUUCAAUACAUUAUGCAAAAUUGAGAGAUUUGCAGAAUACUUAUUCGAAAAGUUCGAGGCGGUAAUAACCUCGGGUGAAGCGGUCUAUUCAGACAAGAGUUUGGAUUCUCCAAAAUCUGAAGAUUUAAUGGCCGAAUCCAAAAAUGAGAAUGCGAAUGAUGGUAACACUCCUAAAAGCCUGAACAAAAAGAAGACAAAUUCAAAGUCCAAGAAGAAGACCAAAUCGAAAAAGAGUCGAACUUAG